UGUCGCGCGGGACCUCCCAGUCCUUCCAGCGCUGUGUAUUUCAGGAAACGGGACAGUCAGUAAAUACAACCACAUUCUCGGGUGGCACACGAACCGCAGACGAAGGAAAGCAUGCUGAAGGUUGUGUGAGCAGGACGCGAAGAUGGUGUUUGAGUCAGUGGUGGUCGAUGUCUUGAACCGGUUUCUGGGGGACUAUGUGGUGAACCUCGACAGCUCGCAGCUCAGCCUCGGCAUAUGGGGAGGUGAUGCCAUAUUAAGAAACCUUGAGAUAAAAGAAAAUGCCUUGAGUCAACUGGACAUUCCUUUCAAAGUCAGAGCGGGACACAUAGUCUGCACUUUGUGUUUAAUUUUCCAGACAGCUGAUCAGAAUUGGACGCCAUGUCUUCUGGAUGAGAAAGCCAAGCUGUUUUUCAAGCUUGUACGUCUGGACAAUCUGUUUGCGUACUGGAAUGUGAAUUCAGAGCUCUACUCCAACCACAACCCUGAUGAGGCUCUGCGACACCUGAAGCACAGUGUAGCCAUCCAGAGCACUAUCCCUCAAGAUUAUCAUUUCAUCUUUCGUCCAAUAUCUGCAAACGCCAAGCUGCGCAUGAAUCCUCGCUCCGAUGUGGACUUCUCCUCACCAAAAGUGGAUCUAGUGGUCAACCUCCCUGAGGUGGCUGUUGAACUUAGCCGUCCACAGUACGUGAGCAUUCUGGAGCUGUUGGGAUCGGUGGAUAUGAUGACCCGGAACCUUCCUUACAGGAAAUAUCGUCCAGAUGUGGCAGUUCACACUAAUGCGCAUCAGUGGUGGCGAUAUGUGAUCACAGGCAUUUUGGAGGUCAAUGUAAAGCCCCGCCUUUACAUGUGGUCUUGGCAACGCAUCCGUCACCAUCGGCAACAUGUGAAAAAGUACCGAGAGAUCUAUAAGAACAAAAUCACCAGUAAGAAGCCUGCAGAGAGUCUGCUGAAGGAGCUUGAGGAGACUGAAAGAACCCUGGAUAUAUUCAACAUCACUAUGGCGAGACAGCAGGCUGAGAUGGAGGCCUCAAAGGCGGGGCUCAGGAUAUACCGUCCUGGGGUGAAAGUGGAGGAAGAACAGUCACAGGGCUGGUUCGGCUGGAUGUGGAGCUGGUCUGGAGAAAGUGGCACACAAACCAAAGAUGUCAAAACGGGAGGUUUUGAUGAGCUAAUGACUCCAGCGGAGAAAGCCAAACUAUACGCUGCCAUUGGAUACAGCGAUACAGCCGUCAAUCCUAACCUGCCAAAAAAUUUUGAAAAUAUGAAGAUACAUUUCCAGCUUAAUCGCAUGUCUCUGUCAAUCAAAGAGAGCCGAGAGAAGCCGGAGAUAAUCCAACUGUCCGUCAUUGAUCUGAAAGCCAUGCUGACUCAAAGACCUGCGGCCCAAGCAAUAAAGAUCUCUGCUCAGCUGUCAUCGUUUGAAGUGUCUGGUCUCCCACGAGGCAGGUCGGCCCCCAUCCUGCUGUCUCCACGUCAUGUGGCCGGGAUGAAAGAUACGGCUUUACUGGACCUCAUGUUUGAGACUAACCCACUGGACGCGAGUGCAGACCAGAGACUCCGCAUCGAGUCCCAGGCGCUGGAGAUCAUCUAUGACGCUAUGACAGUGAACAGUAUGUCAGCUUUCUUCAUGCCUCCAAAGGACCUGCAGCUGGAUGAGCUGACCAAUGCCACCCUCAUGAAGCUGGAGCAGUUCAGAGACAAGACCUCCACAGGACUCAUGUACAUCAUUGAGACUCAGAAGGUUCUGGAUCUGAAGAUAAACCUCAUGGCUUCAUAUGUCAUUGUACCAGAAAAUGGCUUUUAUGACCCCAAACACAACCUUGCCAUUCUGGAUUUGGGUCAUUUCCAGAUGUCCAGUCAGAGCAGAGUUGGCCUGCCUCAGCUGUCUGUGGGCAGCAGCACUUUAGAGGACAUCAUGUCUCGAGCUUAUGACAGCUUCGAUGUCCAACUCAGCAGUUUACAGUUCCUCUACACCAAAGCAGGUGGUGACUGGAAACGGGCUCGUCCGCUCAGACAGUCUGCUUUCCACAUCCUGGAGCCUGUGGACCUGAAGGUGGUCUUCAGCAGAGCCAUGGUGGUGACGGACUCACGAAUGCCCAAGUUUAAGAUAUACGGUGAGCUUCCUCUUCUGUCUCUGCGUAUCUCUGAUGAUAAAGUGCGUGGCGUCCUGGCGUUGCUCAGCAGCAUUCCACUUCCUGAGAGUCGCCCGGUGCCCCAGACUAGAGCGCCACAAGCUACACCCAAGUCUUCCAAACGAGGGAACACGCCUCAGCUCACCCCUCGAAGACCAGCCAUAGACGACCUGCGUGCAUCCAUCAUAUACGGCUCAGAUGAGGAGCUGUUCUUUGAUGCCCCUAGUUCACCGAUCGAGGAUCUGCCGUUCUUUGAGGCUUCCACUGGCUCUCUGCAGGGUUCAGCCUCUGAUAAGCGUCUGUUCAUGGUGCUCAAAGACCCCAAGAAGAACAUGACCGAGUUCCUCUUGAGAUUUGAGAUCAGCAAGCUUUCCAUUCAGCUGUGCCGCUUGUCAGGCAGAGAGGAAGUGAGCGUUCUGCAUCUGUUCAUUGAUGGAUUAGGGACAGAACUCAAACUUCGCACCUUUGACAUGUCUUCAUACACCUUCCUGCGUGAGAUCUGCCUCGAGUGUUCAGAGUACUUGGAUUCUGAGGACAAGAAAGUUCACCUUAUCACCACUCUGGAUAAUACUGAGGAAGAUCUGCUCACUUUGGAGUAUGUCAAGGCGGACAAAAAUGCACCAGAUUUCAAAACGAUGUAUAAAAAUACAGAGCAACUAAUCAAGGUGAAUUUCUCCUCACUGGAUGUGCACCUGCACACUGAGGCGCUCCUCAACUCCAUAAAUUUCCUUAAUAACCUCCUCCCACCACUGAAGAAAGAGGCACAAGAAGAGCAGCCCGUCCUACCCAAGGAGGAAGAGGAAGAGGAAGAGGAGGCAAAAAUAGAGGAUUCUGCUGUUACCAAGAAAUCUUCCUGUAAGAAGUCAAAGUUUGAGGAUGUGGUGAAUUUGCACAUCCGAGCAGACCUCAACUGUCUGAAGGUCUUCAUAAGAGGAGAGAAAGCCAGGAUUUCUGAGAUCAGCAUAGAGGGGCUGGUUUCUGAAGUUCAGAUGAAGAAGAAGUGCGUAGAGAUUCUCGCUAACCUGAAGAACAUUGUAAUUCUGGAUUGUGACAAAGAGGCACUAUAUAAAAAGGCAGUGUCCAUCGCGGAUAAGGAGGUGUUUGAUUUCCGCAUGGUGAACCAUGUGGAUGCAACGGAGGGCGACGCCUACACAGACAUGCACAUUGUGGACACCAGUGUAACUUUGACUGUGGGCUGCAUUCAGGUUAUUUUCCUCAACAAGUUUAUGUCCUCAAUACUGGCAUUUAUUAAUAAUUUCCAGGAGGCUAAAAAUGCAUUGGCAGAGGUGACGGCCCAGGCAGCAGAGAAAGCAGCCACAGGGGUUUUGGAGCUGGCAGAGAGAAGCACACGUAUCUCCCUGGAUGUAGACAUUAAAGCUCCUGUUGUCUUCCUCCCACAAUCCUCUGUUUCCCACAAUGUCAUUGUGGCAGAUCUGGGUUUAGUGACUGUAAAGAACCACUUUGAAAUGGUCUCCUCUCCAGCACACACCAAGAUCCCCCCUGUCAUGGACAUCAUGGCCGUGGGACUGAGUGAUCUUAAAAUGUACAGGACCACAUUCACUGAUGGACAAUUUAAGAGUGAACUUCAGUUACUCAAACCAGUCAACAUGGACCUGUCAAUCAAACGCAAUCUCUCUGCCUCCUGGUAUCACAGCAUUCCUGACAUCCAGAUCAAUGCACACCUCAAACCCAUGAGCCUAAUCUUGAGCCAGGAGGACCUAACUAUAGUGCUGAAGACUCUGAGUGAGAAUCUGUCUGAGAAUUCUGAUGCUCCUCCAGCUCCAUCCAGCCCUGAUAAGGGAGACACGGUUUCUACCAAGGAUUCUCAGAGUUCUGGAGGAAACACGGUUGUGACCGCAGCAGUGGUGGAGGGCCCGAAAACUGGCAAACUAAAGAACACUCUGAAACUGGACUUUAAGUUUGACUCCAUGACACUAGUCCUGUACAGCCCCAACAACAAUGAGAUCCAGUUAUCAGACUUCCGUGAUGAGAGUUUGAAGUUGGCAGAGUUCAUGUUGGGCACCAUCUCCACCGCUGUGCACAUGUUCUCUGACAGCUCCAUGAAAGCCUCCCUCAAACUCACAAACUGUCUGCUGGAUGACAAGAGACAGAGGGUGAAAAUGAUCACAUCCAGGAUGAUGGCGAUGCGUCAGGGUAGGGAAGGCAAUGUGAUGGUAGACAUGAGUUACCGACAAGGCCGGGACGGCACCGUGCUGGACACCCUGGUUCAGGACCUCUAUCUGUGUGCCAGUAUGGAGUUCCUGCUCACAGUAGCUGAUGUCUUUCUUAAAGCUAUGGCAGAUGGCUUCUCUGGUUCCCCGAAAAACAAACAACCCGCCAGUUCGUCUAAAGACCCAGCGGUUCCUGCUGCACCAGUGGUUGCCAAAACUGAGAUGAACAUUGUGGUAAAGAAUCCUGAGAUCGUUUUUGUGGCCGACCUCACACGCGCUGAAGCUCCGGCUCUAGUUAUGACGACGCAGUGUGAGCUGGUGAUGAAGAACGAACCCAGCGGCCAGUCGAUGACGGCUGCCAUUUCAGACCUGAAGGUGGUGGCGUGUCCGCUCCUGCGAGAGAAGCGUGAGCACAACGUGACGACGGUGCUUCAACCCUGUCAGGUGUUCUUUCAGAGCAGCCAAUCACCUUCCCAGCCACAGUCCAUCGAGCUGUCCAUCAGCUCCCUCACGCUCAAGGUGUCUCCCAUCAUCCUAAACACCGUUAUCACCAUUCAGUCAGCGCUGAGCCCUGCAGCUGAAACCCCUGAGGAACUGGAGAGUCCUGUGCCACAGGAUCUUUGGGAACGUCGCAACCUGCGAGACCUAAAGCUCUGGUUCCUGGAGGAGGAAGAAGAGAAUGUCACCCGGUCUGUCAUUCCACUCGUUCCUCAUGGAGAGUCUCUCAAAAUGAACAUCCACACCAUCUGCCUGACGCUGGAGGCCGGGGUGGGCCAUCGCACUGUGCCCAUGCUGCUGGCCAAAGCCUCGUUCCAGGGAAACGUGAAAAACUGGAGUACUCUCAUUAACCUACACUGUCACCUAGACCUGGAGGUUAAUUAUUAUAAUGAGAUGAUGGGCUUAUGGGAACCACUGUUGGAGCCUCUUGAUAAUGAGGAGAAAGAUGGCUUCAGACCAUGGACUCUAGCAAUGAAGAUGAAGAAGAAGCCAGUAUCACAUUCUGGAGUAUCUGACGAGGUGGACGGCAGUGUGCCUGAUUAUAAAACGGUCAUCAGCUUCACAAGUAAAGACCAGCUUAACGUCACCCUCUCCAAGUGUGGCCUCCACAUGCUCAGCAAUCUAGGAACGGCAUUUGCAGAGGCCACUAAGCAGACCGCUGAAAGCUUUCAGAAGGACCAGGCUCCGUUUGUGGUGAAGAAUCGUUUGGGUUUGCCGGUGGCAGUGCUGCACAGCGAAGUGUUUAGACCCAUCGGUAAAGAGUCUAAAAAUCGUGUGGUGGAGCUCCAGGAUGGAGAGAGUCUGAAUAUGGACUACACCCACACUGCUGAGUCCAGUGACCAGUUCUCAGCCAUGACCAGCCUCAGUGCCAAAAACUACAUACAGCCCACUCCAGUUGGCCACACUACCGCAAGUGUAAUCCCACUAAUCAAAACAGGACGGGACAUGCACAGCGUCAUGCACCGUGACUCUGGUGUCACUCGUUUCUUUGUCUGUCAGAUUUACACUGCCGAGGGAAGCAAAUAUGUCAAGAUCCGCUCUCCUUUCCAGAUUAUCAAUCACUUCUCGGUGGCGUUCCGUGUUUAUGAGGGAUCUGAGUGUCUGGGCAUCUCUCUGCCUACAGAGGAGUUCUGUGUGCCGCUGGGCUCCUACAGAGCUGAACUGAGCCUGCAGCCUGUAACUGAAGGCGAGGAGCAGUACGACCACUCUGAGGGUUUCACUUAUAAUGAGGUGAAUCAGAAGCCCGGAGAGUGUCUGGAGAAAACCUGCCAUCAUCAAGGAGACAGCGCCCAGAUGCUGAAGAUCAACAUGGUUCCUCUUCCAGACACUGUGAUGUCUCACAGCCCCGAGGAGGAGUUUGACAAGCCCAUCAUUCUGCACCUGUGGCCCACCGUUCUCCUCCGCAACCUCCUGCCGUACCCCAUCACCUUCAAGAUAAAGGGCAAUGGAGAUUUCCCCUCUUCCUUACUGAAAGCAGGCCACUCCUCCCAGAUCCACACCGCUAUCAUGGAUUUCUCCACUCUGGAGCUGAAGCUGCUGGGAUACCUGCAGCAGGACUGGGAGGCCAAGUACAGUCUCUGCAGCGACUGUGACGAGAUCAGCUUCAUCAGGUUCCUCUCGCUGGGAGAGGGCGAGGAGACGGAGACGAGGCCGGAGCUAAACAUCGCUGUCCAUGUUAAGAAGGAGGAGGGUCAGCUGGUGGUGGCCAUCCACUCCCCGUACUGGAUGGUGAAUAAGACAGGCAGACUGUUGCAAUACAAGGCAGAUGAUAUUCAUCGCAAACACCCGAAGGAUUACGACAUGCCCCUCCUCUUCUCUUUCAAGCCACGCAACUUUCUGCAGAACAACAAGAUUCGCUUGAUGAUUUCAGAAAGUGAAUUAUCAGAUGAUUUCUCCAUCGACACUGUUGGGAGUUACGGUGACGUCAAAUGCAAAGGGGAACAGAAGGAUUACAUGGUGACAUUCAUAGAUGGGAGUGGCCGCGCCAGUAUACGGAAAUCUUCUACUUGGCUUCGGGAUGAGAGAGUGAAUGUCUCUUUAUCAUUGUAUGAAGAGACUGAAUCCUUCUGCUCUCAGGCAGAAAUGGAUGAGCUGGCUCCAGGUCAGGCGGUGUACUACACCUGGGCCGAACCGACCGGCUCAAGAAUACUGAGCUGGAAGUGUGGCAAGUACAAAGGAGAGCUCAAGAGCGAAGAGGACCAGUUGUUGGAUGUGAGCAAGGAGGGAAAAUUCUUUGUUGUCUCAUUUUAUGAAGGCCUCCAACGUGUGGCGCUUUUCACCACCGAGCAGUGUGUCUUCAAGAAGAUUUGCGAUAAUGAGAAAAUAGAGCUGGCUGAACAGGAGACCUGCAUCUCGUUACAGAACAUGGGCGUCUCACUGGUCAACAACACCACCAGCCAGGAAGUGGCCUUCAUUGGCAUCACCAGUUCUGAUGUGGUGUGGGAAACCAAGCCUAAGAAGCGAAGCCGAUGGAAGGUUUUGAGUGUUAAGGAGGCUACGAUGUUGGAGCAGCGCUACAGAGAUUAUAUGGAGAGCGGGCCAGUGGACAGCCUCAUCAUUGACCUAGAGAACGACUACCAGGUGUUGUUUGCUGCUAAUGGGGUGGACUUGAGGAUAAUGCAGCCCUUUGAUGCUCCGCUCAGGAGGAACUUCCUGCCAGCACUAAAGGUGGAGUACAGUGUCUCCGCCCGUCAGAAAACCUACAGAGUCCAGAUCAACAGGAUUCAGAUCCAAAAUCAGUUGCCUGGAGCCAUCUUCCCAUUCGUCUUCUACCCCAUCAAACCGCCCAAAUCAGUCAGCAUGGACUCAGAGCCGAAACCGCUCGCUGACGUCAGCAUCAUCACCAGAGCAGCCGGACACUCUGACAUUCUGCGCAUCAAGUAUUUUAAAGUGUUGAUUCAGGAGAUGGACCUGCGGGUAGAUCUUGGGUUCCUGUAUGCCAUACUUGAGCUCUUCACUGCUGAGCACGCCAGUGCUGUCACGUCUGAACAGGAGGUGGAGUUGUUUGAGAAGGACAUUGAGUAUCUGAAGACCGAGUUGAAUCAUAGUUCAGCUACAGACACGUCCCCCAUCAGCCUGUACGAAUACUUCCACAUCUCUCCCAUAAAGCUUCACUUGAGUUUCUCUCUGAGCACCGGUGGUGAAGACGGGAAUAAGAAAGAGCGCGAGACAGAGAUCAUUCCCGUUCAGUCUCUCAACCUCCUGCUGAAGAGUAUUGGAGCUACACUCACUGACGCUCAGGACGUCCUCUUCAAACUUGCGUUUUGUGAGCUGACGUACCAGUUCCGCACCACUCAGCAGCUGCAGUCGGAGGUCAUCCGCCAUUAUUCCAAACAGGCUAUCAAGCAGAUGUAUGUUCUGGUUUUGGGUUUAGAUGUCCUCGGGAAUCCUUUCGGACUGAUCCGCGGUCUGUCUGAAGGCGUCGAGGCCUUCUUUUAUGAGCCUUAUCAGGGUGCCAUACAGGGACCAGAGGAGUUUAUCGAAGGCAUGGCACUCGGUGUGAAGGCUCUGGUUGGAGGAGCUGUGGGCGGCCUGGCCGGAGCGGCGUCUCGGAUCACGGGAGCGAUGGCUAAAGGUGUGGCCGCCAUGACCAUGGAUGAGGAGUAUCAGCAGAAGAGACGCGAGGCUAUGAACAAGCAGCCCAGCGGACUGAGAGAAGGCCUGACACGAGGAGGGAAGGGACUCGUCUCUGGGUUUGUGAGCGGCAUCACGGGCAUUGUGACUAAACCCAUUAAAGGAGCUCAGAAGGAAGGAGCGGCGGGUUUCUUUAAGGGUGUGGGCAAAGGUUUGGUCGGAGCUCUGACCAGACCAACAGGGGGCAUCAUUGACAUGGCCAGCAGCACCUUCCAAGGCAUCAAAAGAGCUGCGGAGACGUCUCAGGAUGUGGAGAGUUUACGUCCUCCUCGUUUCAUCCAUGAGGAUGGAGUCAUCCGGCCGUAUAAGGAGAGAGAGGGCAUAGGCAGCCAGAUGCUGCAGAAUAUUGAAAAUGGACGGUUUGCCAAGUACAGAUACUUUGCUCAUGCUAAGGUGAACGAAUCAGAUUUCCUGAUGAUCACUAAAAGGGGGAUAUUUUUUGUGACUAAGGGCACGUUCGGGCAGCUGACGUGUGAGUGGCAGUAUCUGUUUGAUGAGUUUACCAAAGCGCCCAUGAUCGUGGAGGGCAGGAGACUGCGUAUAGAAGCAAAGGAACGAGUCAAAUCGGUGUUCCAUGCCAAAGAGUUUGGGAAGAUCAUCAAUUUCAAAACUCCAGAACUAGCAAAGUGGGUUCUUGCCAAGCUUGAGGAUGCCAGGGAAACUCUGCCGAAGUAAGGACAGUUAAAGCGACAUGCGAUGAUCCUGCGCUCAGCUGUGUGCCUUUAUGCUGCUUUUGCAGUGUGCCACUUCACAUUAUACCCACAAUGCAACAGUCAUUCACUAAACACUGAAUACCACAUUGGUAAUGACUGUUAGACUGUGUGUUUGUGUGUUCAGUUUACAUUAUAUUGUACCUUUCUUUCCCCCCUCACUGUCUGAGCUCAAUCUGUCAUAAUUCCUUAUUUGCUUGAACACAUUUACACAUUAAGUUUUUACAAUGUGCCUCUACAUGCAGUUCAGCGACUGGAAAGACGUCUCUUAACUAAAGCCACACUAAAGUGUAAAUUAAGGUGAUUAAAAUUAAGGUCAAUUUUAUACACAUUAAUAAAGACCAAUACACUGUAUGUAUUUUCUUUGUCUUUACAUGUGCAUGUGUGUCGCAUUUAAACUGAAAUGACCAGGAAUGUUUGAAAAUGGGAAUCUCUUGCUGUAUGUACAGGAGAGCAGGGAUUUUUUUUUUUUAAAUGUGUGGCUUUGCAUGAAAUGAUAUUUUUGUUUCACAGUGUCGAUUUAAUUAAUUCUAUAGCUUGUCUCAAUACUCAACAGUAAACAUCCGAUGGCUUCUCGACUGCUUUGUCUCUAUGCAGCCGCACUGCAUUACUGAAGAACUGUAAC